CACUUUUGGACUCCCCUUUAGUUGGAUAUCGUCUACUUUAAAGCGUCUUGGGAGGAAAGAACUCGAGUUAACAAUUUGUCUAAUCUUGUAGACAGUUUAUAUAGGCCUACUAGUGUUGUUUCCACUUUCAGUCCAGCUGGCAAUUGCUAACAUGUUGUUUUUUACAGCACUUCUAUCAAUAAUUCUUCGUCUCGGAGAUAGCUCUCCUGUUACAAAUCCAAAUGCAGCAUUGGAAUACCUGACAUCAUUCAACUACAUGGCACCGUUUGAUGCAAAAUCGGGCCAACUUCGCUCUCAGGCAGAACUUAUAGAGGGACUUAAACGAUUCCAACGCUUCGCAAACAUCUCAGAAACAGGUGAAUUCGAUGAAGAUACCAUAGAAAUAAUGAAUUUACCGAGAUGUGGUAAUCCGGAUUUUGUUGGAACUGGUCAGGACGCUCGACGCAGGCGAUACGCACCGCAGGGAAGUCGAUGGCCAAAAAACAGACUUACAUACUUCAUCGAAAACUUUUCACCUGAUCUUAGUCAGACAAAUCAGGUCAGAAUUAUCCAAGCUGCAUUUGAUAUUUGGGCUAGACAAACUUCGUUGACAUUCAUAAGGCAGAAUUCCGCUAGAGGUGCUGAUAUAAUUAUCAAGUUUGCUAAAGGUAGCCAUGGAGAUGGUAAUCCCUUCGACGGAGCUGGUGGUACCCUAGCCCAUGCCUACUUCCCGCAAUUUGGUGGCGAUGCUCACUUUGAUGAUGCCGAACGAUUCACUUAUAAUAGUUACUCAGGAACAAACCUGUUCCAAGUUGCAGCACAUGAAUUUGGUCACAGUUUAGGAUUAGCUCACUCUGACGUCAGCGAUUCGUUAAUGGCACCAUUCUAUCGUGGAUAUAUACCAAAUUAUAAACUUCAUAGGGAUGAUAUUGAAGGAAUCCAGCACCUUUACGGAAGGAAAACGGUCGUGCAAGGACCGGCAACGCCCACUUACAAACCAACGCGUAUGCCUUCAGAAUGUUCCGGAGAACUCGAUGUAAUGACCCGUACUGUAGAUGGUAAUACUUAUGGGUUUAAAGGUAACGAAUACUGGCUUAUUUAUGAUUCCGGUGCUGCUACCGGUUACCCAAAACCAAUCAGCGAGGGCUGGCCGGGAUUACCGAAAAACCUGGACGCAGGAUUUUUCUGGGAAAGAAGUGGGAAAACAUAUUUUUUCAAGGGAAAUAUGUACUGGAGAUAUACAAACCAAGUUCCUGACGUGGAUUACCCAAAACCAGUUUCGAACUGGCGCGGAGCUCCAGCAAACAUGGAUGCCGUGUUUGUCUGGAGCGGUAAUGGGCGAAUCUAUUUCGUCAAAGGAGGACAGUAUUAUCGUUACAACCCAACAACGUUUAAGGUCGAUUCGGGCUACCCUGCUCCGCUGUCAAAUUGGAAAGGACUUCCCUCUAACAUUAAUACAGCGAUGCAGUGGAAAAAUGGAAAGACCUAUUUCUUUUCAGGAAGUCAGUACUGGCGCUUUAACGAUAAAAAAUUCAACAUAGAGGAUGGAUAUCCUAGAUUAACAGCUAUUUGGUGGAUUGGUUGCUCACAGACGGCCGCUCUACAAGGAGCUGGAAUAACGGCAUAUGCACCGGGAGGGAAUGGCGUACCAGUUACCAGUCCCGUCGGUACCAGCACAAGCAAAUCACCUAACGUGGUGCUUGAACCAAAUAAUAGCGGUGUAUCGAAUCAUCCAGAGUUAAUUCCAAUCCUAAUAUCAUCGUUGAUCACUGUGACACUGUGUAUGUUAUGAACAAACUGUAAAUUUAACCAUUUUACACAAAAUGAGAUACAACGUAAUCAACCCAAUUACUAUUAUUAUUAUACGUCUAUAUACACUAAUGCCAGGAAAAAAAGGCAGUACAAAAAAUAAUGCAUAUUCAAUAAUACGUUUUAUAAUAUGUAUUUAUUGAUUGGUUGACUGGUACGACACGCUGGACUGGUUCGUGUCGAUGUAUAGAUCAAUAUGAUAUAGGGCGAAAGUUCGGGUAGGGCAUCACACACGGCAUCAAUAGAUUUCAUGAAUACCUCAAAAAAUAAACAAAAGAAUUUUCGACUGCUGCUACGACAAUUCUCUGGA